CGCGCGCGCUCCGCACGUCUUUUUCUUGAUCUGAGCACGACGAUCCGACGACAAUGCCCAUGGGUUUCGGCGCCCUGAUCGCCGCGCCCGGCGCGUCCGUCUGGUCCGCGAGGACAUCGACGGAUCGCGCGCCGGGCGGCAGACCGACGCGCGCGUCGGCUCUGAAGCCCUCGCGCGCGUCGACGUUUCUUCGCCGCCGUCGCCCCGAGACCUCCUCCUCCACCGCACUCAGCGCGGCGUCGUCGCAGGGCGUGCAGAACGCGAGCGACCUCAUCGCGAUCCCGCUCCCGGACGGGAGGCAGCUCAUGGCGACGGUGAAGACGAACCCGCAGGGCGUGCACACGAUCGCGCUCGAGUGCGAGCCCAACCGCCCGAACGGCCUCCUCCUGCACUGGGGCGUGAUGCGACCCGCCACGGGUCUGGACUGGCAACUCCUCCCGCCCGAGCUGAACCCUCCGGGGACGACGCUGUACAAGAAGAAAGCGCUCCGGUCGCCGUUCCCCGCGUUCGGGCCCUUGCAGCUCGUGUUGGACCCGGGCGUGGCGGCCGUGGAGUUCUGCCUCGUCACCGCCGCGAACGAGUGGGUGAACGACGGAGGGAAGAACUUUCGCAUCUCGCUCGGGGACCAGAUCAAAGCCGCGGGGCUCGCGAACGCGUCCAACUCCGCGAUGACCGCGGACGGGUUCAACCUCAAGGUGACGCCGCCGCCGACCGCGGAUUACGCGCCGCCGUCGCCGAUCCCGGCGUCGACGCCGAGCCCGGUGCACGCGACGACGCCGACGCCGACGCCGCUCGCGACGCCGACGCCGCCGCCGCCGACGCCGACGUCGGCGAAGGCGCUGAUCACCGGCCUCGACAUCCUCUACGGCGUCGCCGCGUACAUUCGAUGGGAGCAGCUCGGGAAGCCGCGCGUGGACGAGACGUCCAAGGCGAAGAUCUACGGCGAGGCUGUCGAGCACGUCUCGAAGCGCCUCGCGAGCGGCGAGACCGUCGCCGCGAUUGAGGCGGCGUGGGGGAUACCCGCGGGCUUGGUCGAGAGGACGAACGCGACGGCGGCGGCGGCGGCGCCUGCGCCGCCGCCCGCGACGACCGCGACGCCCGCGACGCCCGCGACGCCUGCGUUCGAGUCCCCGCCCGCGCCGGCGGCGUAUCAGACGCCUCCGACCGCGGCGGCGGCGGCGGCGGCGCCCGCCGCGAUCAUCGGCGAGGCGUCGCCGCAAGACAUCGCGAACUUGUGCGAGCGACGCGCGAACGGCGCGGCGACGCUGUGGAGGAAAGAGAUCAACAUGGGCGCCGGCACGAUCAAGCUCCUCGUGAUCGAGGCGAGGAAGACGUCCGCGGGCUCGCUGCAGCUCAUCGCGAUGGCGCGCGCGGACGUGGACUUGGUGCUUCACUGGGCGUCCGUGACCGAGCCCGCGGGGGAGUGGCAGUCGCCCCCCGACGGGUUCUCCACGACGCCGGCGAAGUCGUGGGGGACGCAGGGCAAGAGCUGGGAGACGGAGUUCGAGAAGGAACCCGCCGCGCCGGGAUGGAACGCGGUCACGAUCGAGGCGCCCGUGGGGAACGACGGCCUCGUGUUUUGCAUUCGCACGGCGGAUUCGAAAACCUGGAUCAAAGAUAACGGCCAGGACUUUUACGUUUUCCCCGACGAGGCGCGUUCCAACGCGGACGUGCGCGCUUUGUACAAGGCGCGGAAAGAAGCCGAGCGAAAGAAGCGAAAGGACGCAGAACGCGCGGCGAAGCAAAAGCACCACGACCACGGCGGUCAGAAAUCCAAGCACGGGGGCAAGUCCAAGCCGUUCGUCCCGCCGACGAUGCCCGAGCGCCCGGGGGUCAUUCAGCGCAACAAGUGGAACGCGGAAGACGUGAAGAUGUCCCAGGGCGCGCUCGGCGCCGCGGGCGCGGGUCCCGUCGCCGGCGGAUCCGUGCAAAACAUCGUCAACGUCGAGCCCGAGUGCGAAAAGUCGCUCAUGCAUCGGUACAAAGCCGGAGCGGACCUGCUCCCCGGCUGUCUGUCCGACGGCGAGGCUGGCAUGGUCGCCAUGGCGGUGUGGUUCCGAUUCAUGGCGGUGAGGCAGCUCGUGUGGAACAACGACUACAACAUCAAGCCGAGAGAAAUCUCCGCGGCGCAGCUCAAGUGCACGGAACAGCUCGCGCGGAUCCACCGCGACGAGCCCGCGCUGCGAGACGUGACGCGUCUGAUCAUGGCGACGAUCGGCCGCGGCGGCGACGGCGACGUCGGGCAGCGCAUCAGAGACGAGAUCCUCGCGAUCCAGCAGGCGAACAACUGCAAGGGCGGGAUGAUGGAGGAGUGGCAUCAGAAGCUUCACAACAACACCUCCCCGGACGACGUCCCGAUCUGCGAGGCGCUCCUGCUGUUCAUCGCGAGCGACUGCGACAUCAACGUGUACUGGGAGCACCUUCACGCGAACGGGAUCGACGCGGAGCGCAUGGCGUCGUACGACAGGAAGAUCACCGGUUUGCCGUCGUUCAAGCCGGAGCAGUACGAGGGCCUCACCAGGGAUCUGAAGGAGUAUUUACGCACGCUCAAGGCGGUGCACUCCGGCGCGGACCUCGACAGCGCGUCCGAGUCCGUGCUCGGGUACCACCAAGACGCGUGCAAGGGCAAGGAGAUCAACAUCGCGCCCAUCGACGAGGUGGCGACGCCGCGGAUGCGCGAGCUCCUGCACAGCGCGCGCGGGUUUAGGGACCUGAACGAGCCGCUGCACUCGUUGGAGGCGAUGCUCGAGGCCAGACGCGAGCUGUGGCCGUGGACGAAACCGAACGGAAACGACAACGGCCGCCUGAAGGACAUCAUCUACCUCGACCUCGCGCUCGAGUCCGCGGUGCGGCAAGUCAUCGAGGGCGCGCUCGGGUCGAUGGCGACGCGCGCGCCCGUGGACGUCUUGAAGAUCACCGGCCUCGCGUUGGAAAACCUCGCGCUGUCCACCGGCGGAAACGACGAGCUCGUCAUCUGCCUCCGGGAGUGGGAUAACAUCGUCAACGCCGCGAUGGGCGGCGGCAGCGACUGGGCGCUUCAGGCCAAGGCGAUCACGGACCGCGUGCAGAACGCCCUCGGCGCGUGCUCGACGCGGUACACGAGCGCGUUGCAGGCGACCGCCGGGGACAUGGGCGGCAAGCUCGGCGUGGACGCGCACGUGCUCGGCAUCUUCAGCGAAGAGAUCGUGCGCGGGACCGCGGCCGCGCCGCUGUCGCAGAUGUUGCGCGCGCUCGACCCGGCGCUUCGAGAGAUGGCGAACAUGGGGGCGUGGAACAUCAUCUCCCCGGUCGAGGCUGUCGGCGUCGUCGAAGUCGUGGACGACCUCGUCGCGAUUCAGACCAAGACGUACUCCGUCCCGACGAUUCUCGUCUCGCGCAGAGUCGGCGGCGAGGAGGACAUUCCCAUGGGCGUCGUCGGCGUCAUCACCCCGGACAUGCCGGACAUCUUAUCCCACGUCUCCGUGCGCGCGAGGAACGAGGGGUGCCUCUUCGCGACGGUGUUCGACGCGGGGAAGCUGCAAGAGAUGGAGCAGCUCGCGGGGCAGGCGGUGACGUGCACGCCGUCCGCGUCGGCGGACGAUCUCGGCGUGAGCGUCCUUCCCGGCGGCGUCGCGUCGCUCGGCGCCGCGCCGGGCGGCGGGGCGGCGGCGGGUGGCGCCUCUGGCGGGUUCGGCGGCGCGAUGAACGCCCCGGCGGGUGGGAUCGCGAUCCGCAGGCGCGAGUUCAUGGGGAGACACGCGGUGCCGUCCCCGGAGUUUACGUCCGAGAUCGUCGGCUCCAAGUCGCGUAACCUGCAAGAGCUCCGAGGGAGGCUUCCGGACUGGAUCAACCUCCCCGCGUCCGUGGCGCUGCCGUUCUGCACCUUCGACGCGGUCCUCGCGUCGCCCGCGAACGCGCACGUGCUGGCCGAGCUCGAGCAGUGCCGCCUCGAGCUCGGCGCGUUGGACUUUGGCGACGCGAACAAAUUCGUCAACUUACUCGAACGCAUGCGUCGCGCGAUCGCGCAGAUGGUUCCCACCUCGGAGCUUCUCAGCGAGAUGCAAGCGUCGUUCGCCGCGGAGAGACUCGCGUGGCCGGAGGGGUCGCUCGGCCCGGAAGGCCGCGGCGGCGUCGGCGCGGGCGUCCACGCCUGGGCCGCGAUCACGGGCGUGUGGGGGUCAAAGUACAACGAACGCGCGGUGCUGUCGUGUCGCAAAGCCGGAAUCAAACACGAGGACGUGUCCAUGGCGGUGUUGUGCCAGCCCGUGGUGCAGAGCAAGUACGCGUUCGUGUUGCACACGACGAACCCGCAGACGGGCGACGCGAACGAGAUUUACGGCGAGAUGGUGUGCGGCAUGGGCGAGGCGCUCGUCGGGAACUUUGCCGGCCGCGCGCUCUCCUUCGUCGCCAAGAAGAACGACCUGUCCAACGUGAAAGUCACCGGGUUCCCGUCCAAGGCGAACGGUCUGUUCACGGACGGACCGACGCUCAUCUUCCGGUCGGACAGCAACGGCGAGGACCUCGAGGGGUUCGCGGGCGCGGGUCUGUACGACUCGAUUCAGAUGCACGAGGCGACGUUGCGGCCGGUGGAUUACUCGUUGGAUCCGCUCGUCGCGGACGAAGAGUUUCGCUCGCAAGCGCUCGCGGCGGUGGCGCACGCGGCGUUCGAGAUCGAGAAGGCGCUCGGGAGCGCGCAGGACAUCGAGGGUUGCAUCGAUCAGAACGGCGCGCUGUACGUCGUGCAGACGCGGCCGCAGGUGUGA